ACUACACUACCAAUCUUGCGCAUUUCUAUACAGAGCUGUGGCAGCCUUUCCCCGCGGCACUCUUUUUGUUCCUCCAAACAUAUGCAUUUUCCUUUGGUUUUCUUUCUCCUCCCGCCACAUUUGCAAUUGCCACCGCCGGAUCUGCAGCUGAGAUCUCGCUUUUGGAUGGUUCAGUGGGUGGCUUCCCUUUAAGUAGAGGCUGCAGCCAGGCUAGCUCUGCUUACUGUGGGUUCUUUCCUCCGCUCCUGUCCUGGAACUUGGCAGCCAGCACUGAGCCUUCAUCAACCCAUCAGCAGAAGCAAAGCAAGAAUCUCCGCCAACUGAAGGGACUGUUGUGGCUGUGAAGGAGACCCAAGGAGAAGGCAGCCAUGAGCGAGUCUGCGCAGAGGUCGAGGCCGUGGCCACAAGGGGACGCCGCGAUGACGCCGUCCGAGCCAGCUGCGGCUGGCGACGCGAGGGGCGAGGCGACGACUCUGAGGGACUUCGGCACGUCCAUGGACGCCAUCUCCUUCGGGUUCGCGGCCACGGCCAUCCUCAUCUCCAUCUUCCUCCUCAUGGCCAUCUUCGAACACCUCAUCAGGCCCCAGGCCUUCCAGGCGCCGGCCGACUCCCCGGGCGGCCGACGCCGGAGAGGCCACCGCUCGCCCGGCAAACCCCGGACCCCGCCCAUGGUGCAGACGGUGAUGCAGGCGGCGGACCUGUCGGUGCUGAUGCCGGGGCAGCGUUACCCGACGUACCUCGCGCAGCCGGCGCCAUUGCCGUCGCCGUGCCCCAGGGAGGGGAUGCACUGGCCGCCGCACGACCACCACCGCUCCCACCUGCCACCCUGACCAUCUCACUCGGUCGAAAAUUCCGUUCAAUUUUUGUACAGCGGGAGAUUGUAAGGACAAUGUGAACAAAAAUCCUGGUUCGUUGUCGGUGCCGUUCUUUUAUCCGCACGAA